AUGCUGGACCCUUCAUCCAGCGAAGAGGAAUCGGAUGAGAUCUUGGAGGAGGAGAGCGGCAAGGAUGUGCUCGGCUCGGCCGCGUCCGGCGCGCGCCUGUCUCCCAGCCGCACCAGCGAAGGCUCGGGCGGCGGCGCCGGGCUGGGGGGCGGCGGCGGUGCCGGCGCCGGGGCCGGGGUUGGCGCCGGCGGCGGCGGGGGCAGCGGCGCGAGCAGCGGCGGCGGGGCCGGGGGGCUGCAGCCCAGCAGCCGCGCCGGUGGCGGCCGGCCCUCCAGCCCCAGCCCGUCGGUCGUGAGCGAGAAGGAGAAGGAGGAGUUGGAACGGCUGCAGAAAGAGGAGGAGGAGAGGAAGAAGAGGCUGCAGCUCUAUGUGUUCGUGAUGCGCUGCAUCGCCUACCCCUUCAACGCCAAGCAGCCCACCGACAUGGCUCGCCGGCAGCAGAAGAUCAGCAAACAGCAGCUGCAGACAGUCAAGGACCGGUUUCAGGCUUUUCUCAAUGGGGAAACCCAAAUCGUGGCUGACGAAGCCUUUAUGAAUGCUGUCCAGAGUUACUACGAGGUGUUCCUGAAGAGCGACCGCGUGGCCCGCAUGGUGCAGAGUGGAGGCUGCUCCGCCAACGACUCGCGGGAGGUCUUCAAGAAGCACAUCGAGAAGAGGGUGCGCAGCCUGCCCGAGAUCGACGGCCUCAGCAAGGAGACCGUGCUGAGCUCCUGGAUGGCCAAGUUUGAUGCCAUUUACCGCGGGGAGGAGGACCCCAGGAAGCAGCAGGCCCGGAUGACGGCCAGCGCAGCUUCCGAGCUCAUUCUGAGCAAAGAGCAACUCUACGAGAUGUUCCAGAACAUUCUUGGGAUCAAGAAGUUCGAACAUCAGCUCCUGUACAAUGCCUGUCAGCUGGACAAUCCAGAUGAGCAAGCAGCCCAGAUCAGACGAGAGCUGGAUGGACGUCUCCAAAUGGCAGACCAAAUAGCCAGGGAACGCAAAUUUCCCAAGUUUGUAUCCAAAGAAAUGGAAAACAUGUACAUUGAAGAGCUGAAGUCAUCCGUCAACCUGCUCAUGGCUAAUUUGGAGAGCAUGCCAGUUUCCAAAGGCGGCGAGUUCAAGCUUCAGAAACUCAAACGCAGCCACAACGCUUCCAUCAUCGACAUGGGUGAGGAGAGUGAGAACCAGCUCUCCAAGUCAGACGUCGUGUUAUCUUUCUCCCUGGAGGUGGUGAUCAUGGAAGUCCAAGGCCUCAAAUCCUUAGCUCCAAAUCGCAUUGUAUAUUGCACGAUGGAGGUGGAAGGAGGAGAGAAACUACAGACCGACCAGGCCGAGGCUUCAAAACCAACCUGGGGCACCCAGGGUGACUUCUCUACGACCCACGCACUGCCCGCUGUGAAGGUGAAGCUGUUCACAGAGAGCACAGGAGUCCUGGCCUUGGAGGACAAGGAGCUGGGACGGGUUAUUCUCCAUCCCACCCCCAACAGCCCCAAACAGUCAGAGUGGCACAAAAUGACAGUCUCCAAAAACUGCCCCGAUCAAGACCUCAAAAUCAAACUUGCUGUCCGAAUGGAUAAGCCUCAAAACAUGAAGCAUUCUGGAUAUUUAUGGGCCAUCGGUAAGAAUGUCUGGAAGAGAUGGAAGAAAAGAUUUUUUGUCUUAGUGCAGGUGAGUCAGUACACGUUUGCCAUGUGCAGUUACCGGGAGAAAAAAGCGGAGCCUCAGGAACUUCUCCAACUGGAUGGCUACACUGUGGAUUACACGGACCCCCAGCCAGGUUUGGAGGGUGGCCGAGCCUUCUUCAAUGCAGUCAAAGAAGGAGACACCGUGAUAUUUGCAAGUGAUGAUGAGCAAGAUCGCAUUCUCUGGGUCCAGGCCAUGUACCGGGCUACGGGGCAGUCACACAAGCCUGUGCCCCCAACCCAAGUCCAGAAACUCAACGCCAAGGGAGGGAACGUGCCUCAGCUAGACGCCCCCAUCUCCCAAUUUUACGCAGAUAGAGCUCAAAAACAUGGCAUGGAUGAAUUUAUCUCUUCCAACCCCUGUAACUUUGACCACGCUUCCCUCUUUGAGAUGGUGCAACGUCUUACUUUGGAUCACAGACUUAAUGAUUCCUAUUCUUGCCUGGGCUGGUUCAGUCCUGGCCAGGUGUUUGUACUAGACGAGUAUUGCGCCCGCAAUGGAGUCCGAGGGUGUCACCGACAUCUCUGUUACCUCAGAGAUUUGCUUGAACGGGCAGAAAACGGCGCCAUGAUUGACCCCACCCUCCUUCACUAUAGCUUUGCGUUCUGUGCGUCCCACGUCCACGGGAACAGGCCUGAUGGAAUUGGAACUGUGACUGUUGAAGAAAAGGAACGUUUUGAAGAAAUCAAAGAGAGACUCCGAGUUCUGUUGGAAAAUCAGAUUACACAUUUUAGGUAUUGCUUUCCAUUUGGUCGACCUGAAGGUGCUUUGAAAGCUACCCUCUCACUCUUGGAAAGGGUCUUGAUGAAAGAUAUUGUUACCCCAGUACCACAAGAGGAGGUGAAAACAGUCAUCCGUAAAUGUCUAGAGCAGGCUGCUUUAGUCAACUAUUCUCGGCUGUCAGAGUAUGCCAAAAUCGAAGAGAAUCAAAAGGACGCAGAAAAUGUAGGCCGGUUAAUCACUCCUGCCAAAAAGCUGGAAGACACAAUACGUCUUGCUGAACUAGUCAUUGAAGUUCUUCAGCAAAACGAGGAACACCAUGCAGAGCCACAUGUUGAUAAAGGAGAAGCCUUUGCGUGGUGGUCAGACUUGAUGGUGGAACACGCCGAGACGUUCCUGUCACUCUUUGCAGUGGACAUGGACGCAGCGCUAGAGGUGCAGCCCCCAGACACGUGGGACAGUUUUCCACUGUUUCAGCUGCUGAAUGAUUUUCUCCGGACCGAUUAUAAUUUGUGCAAUGGAAAAUUUCACAAACACCUGCAAGACCUGUUUGCCCCACUUGUGGUUAGAUAUGUGGAUUUGAUGGAGUCCUCAAUUGCACAAUCCAUUCACAGGGGCUUUGAGCGGGAGUCAUGGGAACCAGUCAAGAGUUUAACCAGUAAUCUACCCAAUGUGAACCUACCCAAUGUGAACCUUCCCAAAGUACCAAAUCUACCAGUUAACAUCCCUCUAGGCAUCCCACAAAUGCCUACUUUUUCGGCACCGUCAUGGAUGGCUGCUAUAUAUGAUGCUGAUAACGGAUCAGGCACUUCAGAAGAUCUGUUCUGGAAACUUGAUGCCCUUCAGACCUUCAUUCGGGACUUGCACUGGCCUGAAGAAGAGUUUGGAAAGCACCUGGAACAACGGCUAAAGCUGAUGGCAAGUGACAUGAUUGAAUCUUGUGUCAAAAGAACCAGGAUUGCAUUUGAAGUUAAGCUGCAAAAAACCAGUCGAUCAACAGAUUUUCGAGUCCCACAGUCAAUAUGCACCAUGUUUAAUGUUAUGGUUGAUGCCAAAGCUCAAUCAACAAAACUUUGCAGCAUGGAAAUGGGCCAAGAGCAUCAAUACCAUUCAAAAAUAGAUGAACUAAUUGAAGAAACUGUUAAAGAAAUGAUAACACUCUUGGUUGCAAAGUUUGUUACAAUCCUGGAAGGAGUGCUGGCAAAAUUAUCCAGAUAUGACGAGGGGACUUUGUUUUCUUCUUUUUUGUCAUUUACCGUGAAGGCAGCUUCCAAAUAUGUGGAUGUACCUAAACCCGGGAUGGACGUGGCCGAUGCCUACGUGACUUUCGUCCGUCACUCUCAGGAUGUCCUUCGUGAUAAGGUCAAUGAGGAGAUGUAUAUAGAAAGGUUAUUUGAUCAAUGGUACAGCAGCUCCAUGAACGUGAUCUGUACCUGGCUGACGGACCGGAUGGACUUACAGCUUCACAUUUAUCAGUUGAAAACACUAAUUAGGAUGGUAAAGAAAACCUAUAGAGACUUCCGACUGCAAGGAGUCCUGGACUCAACCUUAAACAGCAAGACCUACGAAACCAUCCGGAACCGUCUCACAGUGGAGGAGGCCACAGCGUCCGUGAGCGAGGGCGGGGGUCUGCAGGGAAUCAGCAUGAAGGACAGCGAUGAGGAAGACGAAGAGGACGAUUAGAACGCUUGGGCCUGGAGUCCACUAGGACAGAGUCUUGUAAUCAAUGCAUGUCCUUAGUCUGUUAGUUAACCCCAUUAUGGAAUUUUCUGUCAACUACCAUGCCAUGAGAUGUGUACUGAUACAACUGCCAUUUUAGCUACGUGGUACCGAGAUUAGCAAACGACCUUCGACUCUACGAUUUCCCGAAUCCAUGUCUAUAUGUUUACAAGCAAUAUGGAGCACCAUUCUUUAAAUACCGUUUAUGGAGAAUACAUAGUUCAGUUGCUAGGUGUAUCCCUGCUAUCAGCAGAGUUCAAUGAUGCUUUGUCAACGUGCUGUGUGAGCGUCGACGGUAAAUGGAUGUGAGGGCGAGUACGCCAGGUACUUUCUUUGUUUCCCGUAUAUGGAUGCCAGUUACUUAAAUGAGUACAAUAAAUGAAUUUAACUAAGACACAUAGAUCUGCUUUGUUUUUUGAAAAACAGAAGGCAAGUCUCCAAUAACCAACUUUCAGUUCUUUCUGUUCCCCUAAAACUGAAAAAUGAACCCUUGGUGUCCUGUUAACCCAUCCUUUCAUUUAUCCAGAUAGUUACCCAAAAAAGGAUGGCUACAUACCAAUGGAUUGAUCCUCCUAAUUGCCACGGCAAGGGCGAUCCUAUCAUAACAUCCAGCACAGUUCAGAGCGACUGUCUUCUAUCAAAGUUCAUCCUAUUAAAUGUUAUGUUUUGCUUUUAUGUUUCA